AUGAAGUUGAACAAGAACAUGAGACUUGAGUUGUCCUCCUCUUCCGCCAAUGCAGAUGAAAUAAGAGAAUUUGCGAAAUGGAUAUUAAGAAUCGGCAAUGGCGAUGGUGGCGAGGUAAAUGACGGUGAUGCCACAUUUGAAUUUCCCGAUGACAUGCUGAUUCGGAAUUCUUCAGAUCCCUUUUUGGAUCUUAUAGAAUUUGUCUAUCCCGAUCUGGUGACCAACCUUUUCACUCUCGAGUAUUUCGAAGGCAGAGCAAUUCUUGCACCCACUAAUGAAAUUGUCGGUUUUGUGAACGAUCAUUUUUUGUCGAUCAUAACUGGAGAGGAGAAGGUCUAUUUCAGCUCCGAUAGUAUGUGCAAGGAGGAGUUAUUGUCGGAUGUCAACGCAUAUAUAUACUCACCGGAGUUCCUAUCCGGUAAACAUAUUGGUGAUAUGGUGUUCAUUCCUAGAAUGACUUUGGUACCGUCCAACUCUACAUUGCCUAUUAAAUUCCUCCAACGUCAGUUUCCGCUGAUUGUAUCAUUCGCAAUGACAAUCAAUAAAAGUCUAGGACAGACUCUUUCUCACGUGGGUCUGUAUUUGCCGAGACCUGUUUUCAGUCACAGGCAACUCUAUGUCGCACUCUCGAGAGUUAAGAGUCGAAGUGGCAUAACGAUUUUAUUUGACUCGAAAUCUGGUGAUAGGACCAAUGUUACAAAUAAUGUUGUAUACAAGAAAGUUUUUCAGCGUAUAUGA